AUGUCGUUAGCUGAGUUCGAUGAAAUUCACUAUGAGCAUUCAACCAACAGGCUGGAUGUGCCUUCGAACUAUCUAAUGAAGAAAGCGCGGAGGAAUCCUAAUGGUUUGGAAGAAUUACGCAAAUCAAUGAAAUCAUCAACCAUAUAUGUUGGUAAUCUAUCGUUCUACACCUCUGAGGAACAAAUAUACGAGCUUUUCAGUAAGUCUGGUGUUAUCAAACGUAUCAUCAUGGGUUUAGACAGGUUCAAGUUUACGCCAUGCGGGUUUUGUUUUGUGAUAUAUAAUACACCCGAGGAAGCUUUGAAUGCAGUGAAAUAUCUGUCGGAUAUGAAGCUAGACGACCGCAACAUAUCUCUAGACCUGGAUCCUGGGUUUGAGGAUGGAAGACAGUUUGGAAGGGGUAAAUCUGGGGGACAAGUAAGCGAUGAACUGAGGUUUGAAUAUGACGCUUCGAGAGGCGGAUUCACGGUGCCACUCGUGGACCGCAUUGGGGUGACCCAAUCGCACAAUUUCGGAGCCAGAAGAGUCAGAGAUACAUAUGUACCUGGCCAAGACCAGGAUGUCGAUGUCGAGGACGAAGACGAGGACGAAGAAGAACCUGACAACUACAUUCCGGGAGAAUAA